GCUUCCCCAUCAACAAUACACAUCCAACAUUUAUCCACCAUCUCAUGCAGCCACUUAAGAAAUAAGCAUGGAUAUGCCUGCGAAACAAUUUCCCUCGUCCAUGUUUCCAUUUAAGAACAUGGAAGGCAACUCUGUUCAGAUCCAAGCAGAGUAUGCCGACCGCGACCCAGACAACAACAGAAUUCAGACUGCUUCUCUCAAGAUCAACUUACAAACCCUCAAGGUCAGCAAUGGCUCCCCAGGAAAUAAUAAUCUGAAUGAUGAUGUCGACAUGUCAGGUCUCGAUCAUUCCGUUGGCGGAAUCAUAAGCAAUUUGAAAAAUCGCAGAUCGAGGCAUAAAUCACACUCAUCUAUGAACACCGGUCAGAUUCAUCAGCAAGCUCAGAUGGCACGCAUGUUACAACCCGCGAUUCGAGCACUUCAAUCCGCCACCGACAAAGCUAUCAACAAAAGCAAAAAGAUCUCAAGCCAAGAUGAAGCCUUCAUAGGACCAAUUUUGCCAAGUAAUGUAAAGAAAUUGCGACGUACCCUUGAAAGCGAUUCUUCCAGAGUGAGAAAGGAGAACUCCACCGAAAAGAAACGCAAACGAAAGGAAAAGAGCAACACUGUUGUCAACGCACCCAAUACAAAGCCGAAGAAAGAAAGGAAGAAGAGGGACCAGGUUGUUAACGCUAAAGCCAAGCCGUCGGAAGGUGCUGUCAAGAAGCGUAGGACCGGAAAGUCGAAGGAGGGGAAAAUGGACCACAUGGAAUAUCUGAUGGAACGUCGCAAGCUUGGGGACACGAAAGCGCUUGUGCUUGCCGAUAAGACUGCUAGAUCAAACGCGGACGAGAAGGUGGAUCUCUACGGUCAUGGACUAAACCCCGCAGAUUGGGAGGCAACGUAUCAACAGGAAUACCAGGCCCGUACUGAAAGGCUUAAAGAAAGACAAGCUAGGGAUGAGCAAGCGUUGAUGUCGGCUUUGAGCGGUCUCUCUCUUGUUGGAACAAGAAUUGGCGGUGAUGAUUAUGAUCUAAUUCUCUAAGUCUAAGAAACUUUAUCCAGGGGAUAGUUUUAUAGACUUUGCUGAAUUUUAGUUUUAUAUGAUUUGGCAAAUCUGCAGCAUGGUAUUGGAAUUUUUUUUGAGCA